AUGGAGGUGAAGGGGGAGGCGGGAAAAUGCUCUCAAAACUAUCGUGGGGGAGCGUGUUUCCCCGAGAGCCUCUUUGAUCGCGUAACUCUUGCGUUGCGCAGCGACCUCGAGCAUGAGCGGGACAGGCGUCUUCAACUGGCGAACACUGUCUUGAAGCAUCAAUCUGAGUUUGCCUAUGCUCAGCUUGCGAACAAGAGAGCUUUGACAUCUCUUCGUGACGAGCUAAGGGCAGCUCGUGAGAUUGUUGAUCGGUCUCGGGAUGAGAUAACUGCUCUUCAGACCCUUGUUGAUAUCCACCAUCGGGAGCACAAGGCUCUCUGUGGGAUGCUUGAGCGCAAGGGCGUUCUUCAUCGGAAGAAACAGCGUACUGAUGGUACGGCUUAA